AUGCACCCUUUUAUCUUAUCUGGCAAGCACCAUAUAACGUCCCUGCUCGUUAGGCACCACCACAAGCAGGUACAUCACCAGGGACGUCACUUCACAGAGGGCGCAGUCCGUGCUGCUGGCUUCUGGAUUGUUGGUGGAAAGAGAAGUAUCCUCAAAACCAUUCACUACAAUUUGCAGAAAGCUCCGUGGACCUAUGCAGAUCCAAAAGAUGGCAGACCUACCAGAAGAUCGCCUAUCCAUGGAACCUCCCUUCACAAAUGUGGGGCUCGAUGUUUUUGGGCCUUGGCCCAUUACUUCACGUCGAACCAGAGGGGGCUUGGUCCACAGCAAGCGCAUAGACUGUGCUUCAUUAGCUUUAAUUCCCUUUUUUAUCACGCUUUACCGUUAUUAUCUACUCUCGGCAACGUGAUAAGUCACGUGAAUUGCGUUUUCUUUUGGCGGGAUCUUCAGAGUUCUUCUUGGUUCGGUACCUGCAUGCACGCACCCUUGCUCACCGCUUUGCCUUUCCUUAUAACUUUGCUCUCAACGCUCAGCGGCCUUUCCGAAUUUGUUGCCGUCAUAUUUAACAUAAAUACGACACGUGUUUCGCUGUCCUUAGCCACCGUCUCUCUUGUGGCUGCUUGUAGUAGUAGUUAG